AUGGAUGGAAGGGUGAGUACGGGGGAAGGUAAUGGGAAGGGGAAGGGUAAUGGGAAGGGUAAUGGGAAGGGGAAGGGAGAGGGGGUGGGGACUGGGGAUAGGGAUGGGGAUGAGGAUGGAAUGACGACGGAGAUUUUACUGUGGGAUUGA